AUGGACAAUUGGUUUCCAAGUCAACAAACUCAAAUUGAUGAUGAAAAUGUUUUGGUUGAUAACACUCAAAUUGACAACAAAGAUGGAAAAGGUCAAACAACAAAUAAGAAGAAGAAAUAUGCCAAAAGAGCGGCUUGUUGGGCCGAUUAUGAUGAACUUGAGGUUAACAACGUUCAACAUAGCAAAUGCAAAUGGUGUGACACGUUGCUCAAAACCGAGUCCGGCGAAAACGAGAAUGAAGCAUUUAUUGAGUAUACUAAUGCAUUGAACGGGAAAGUGGUUUUGCCUUCUAGAACCACAGUUUCAAAAAGAGUUGCCAAUUACUAUGUUGAAGAAAAGGAAAAGUUGAAUAAGUUCUUUAGUAAUCCCCUAAUGAAUGUGCAUUUGACCACCGAUUGUUGGACAAGUUCAUGUCAACGAUCGAGCUUUAUGGUGGUCACGGCCCACUUUAUUGAUAAAGAUUGGAUCAUGCAUAAAAGAGUUAUCAACUUUAAAUCUUUAGAUAGUCAUAGGGGAGAAGACAUUGGGCACACGUUGUUGACUUGUCUAGAAGAGUGGGGUAUCAAUAAUGUAAUGACCAUAAUUGUAGACAAUGCUACUUCCAAUGACAAAGCAAUUGAAUUUCUAAUGAAAAAACUACCAAACUUAUACGAUGGGGGGGAAACAAUUACACGUAAGAAGAAGAUUUCAAAAUUUGUAGAGCUAUGGUUGGAUUUCUCGAGAAACUCAAGAAAUAUGUGUUGUGUACAAGCACAUGAGAGAUUGGGUGUCAACUCCCCAAUUUUGCUUGAACAGGAAGGAUAUGAUUGA